UAAAAAAUAAAUAAUAUUUCCGCGGUUGCAAUAUUUGUCUUAAAUUUCGCUUGAAAUUAAAAUCUAUUACUUAGUUAAAUAAAAUUAUAGGAAAGUAUGUUUUCUCGGUAAAUAAUAAACUUAUGUAAUAUUGUCGCUGAAAGUUCGUCACUCUGUCACGGAUCAAUUGCCUUAUAAGCGUAUUUUUCAAAUACGAUACAGCAUUCAAUCAAGGAAGUGGGCAAAUUUCAGACCAAAAUCAACACGCACACUAACACCUUAAUAAGGACAACUUCUUCUUAAAAAAGAGCAAUGCAUUUCUAGUCGAGAAUUUGAAUAAGGUUUUGGUACGAUUCAGCUAGUAUUUUUCGCUAUAGCGUCUAAAUUCAAACAUCUGAUAAAUUUAACUGGCGGUGACAACGCCAUUAGCUGUCCCUAUUUCAAAAAACACAUCUUAGCUCCCGCAGGUGUAUCUCGGAUCGGACGGCAGAUUCGAAUUCCGCGAGCCUGUAGACGAAUCAGUUUCUGUCUCAGCUACGCCAUUGCCGAGCACGAAUCGCGCCCGGCGAUAGACUCGAGCCGCGGCGCAGGUUGAUUUACCUUCGACGCGAGCCCAGAUCGGCGAUAAGCCGGCCGCGCUGGGAAAACGCAGCCGCGCUGCGAAAAAAGGUCCCCGGUACUUAACGUAGCCGGCGGCGAAAUGAAAUUUUAGCCGGGUCGAAGCCGCGCUUCAGUCCACUUGGGACCCGCGAUGGUAGUAAGUAAAUCGAUUAUCCGCAGCUGCCCGUUGCCCUCGCGGAUCGAGAUCGGUGUCUCCGUGGUGCUCUUUAAUUACACCCUCCUCCGGGCGAAUUUGUCACAAGCGUCCGUCGGAAAAAUUCCCACGGCACCGGGUCGACCGGUAACGAUAAUGACAAUGUUGCAAGCGCGGGAACACGAUAAUCGCACCGCGUCGGGCCGGCCCCCGGGAGAGCCGAUCGCGACGAACUCCUCGACAGGAGGGCCGUGACGCCUGUUCACCGCGAGUGAGGCCGGUUUCCGCGCGAACGGUGUUCCGCAUUUCGCAUAAUGAAUGAAAUUAACCGAACAUCGCGCGGCCGUCGUCUUAAUUCCUGCGAAACGUUCGCGUCGUGCGACUUGUUGCGCGUGUUCGUCACGACCGCUGUGAUCCGCGGCGAUAUUCGGGGGUGGGGGGGGCUUACAAUACACGCGCGACGAAUGGGACAAGCGGGACACCAAGUGGCACGCGAAGAGACGCGGCGACGACGCGGAGAAGGCCGCGCUACGACGAAGUUGCCGUGUUGCAGGCCCACCCCGUGAGAUGGACGUGAUCGCGUACAACCAUCACGAGAUCCGCAGUGUCGCGAGCAGCAUCGACGGCGGCGACAAUGAGAUCCCGUACGAGGAGGACCUGCUGUCGAUCGACGAUCUCGGCAGCGCCGGCGGCGACGACAAACGGAGCGCGUUGCUGUUGCGGAAGAGCUUGUUCGACAACGUGGCGCCCUACAUCGCCUUCCAGUCGUACGACUGCAAGGACCCGGUGCUGCCCUGCGCGGUGACGAGGCACCUGAAGUGGCACCUCAGCAGGAUCACGCCGACGUUGGUGCGUCGCACCUUAGUGAACUCCGGCUACCGGCUGAUGAAGAAGUCCCAAGAUUGGUGCGGCACCUGGGGCAAGCACAUGAAGUCCGCCUGCUUCAAAGGGCUGAAGGAGUCGCAGAAGGUGAACCAUUUCCCCGGGACCUUCCAGAUCGGCCGGAAGGACCGGCUGUGGCGCAACUUCAGCCGGAUGAUGGCGAAGCACGACAAGCGGGAAUUCGGCUUCGUGCCGCGCACUUACGUGCUACCUCAGGACCUGCGCUCCUUCCGCCAAGUGUGGGAGAAGACAGGCGGCAAAGAGAAGUGGAUCGUAAAGCCGCCGGCGUCCGCCCGUGGCACCGGCAUCCGCGUCGUCCAUCGCUGGUCCCAGAUACCAAAGAAACGGCCUGUCGUCGUCCAGCAGUAUCUGUCGCGGCCGAUGCUGAUACACGGCGCCAAGUUCGACCUGCGCCUCUACGUCCUCGUCACCAGCUUCAACCCCCUCCGCGUCUACAUGUACCCCGACGGCCUGGUGCGCUUCGCCUCCGUCAAGUACAACGAGGACAUCAAUCAUCUCAGCGACCGUUUCAUGCAUCUCACCAACUACAGCAUCAACAAGAGCAGCGCGACCUACACCAGCAAUGACUGCGCGGACUCCUGCACCGGCCACAAGUGGACGCUGAGGACUCUGUGGUCCUAUCUUGAGCAGGAACGCGUCAACGUCGACAAACUGUGGGCGUCGAUCAAGGACAUGGUUGUGAAAACGAUGAUCGCCGGCGAGUCUUCCAUCAACAGUCUGACGAGGACCAACGUCACUUCCAGGUACUGUUGCUAUGAACUUUUCGGAGUCGAUAUUCUCCUCGACGAGAACCUGAAGCCGUGGUUGCUCGAGGUGAAUAUAUCGCCCUCUCUACAGUCUUCCUCGCCGCUCGACGUCGCCGUCAAGGGGCCCCUCAUUAGGAACGUCUUCAACAUAGCCGGAUAUCAACUGCCCGUGUGUAUACCGAUCGAAGAGAUGGAGAAGUUGGCGCAGAGGUAUCAGCUGGACCCGGUGUGCCAAGACUACAGGCUGCAUCGGACCAAUCUCAGCUAUCAAGAGCGGCACAAGCAGUUCAUGUACGCGAACCUGAGGAAUCGGGAGGACUACCUGCACGACAUAAUCGACGAUCUCACGCCCGACGACGUCAGACACCUGAUCAUUUACGAGGACGAGCUGACGCAGUUGGACAGGUUCGAGAAGAUCUUUCCUACUGCCGACAGCCACCGGUACUCGCAGUACUUCGACAUCCCGAGAUACUACAACAUGCUGUUGGACGCGUGGGAGGCCAAGUACGGUGACGGCAGUCGGGAAGAGGGGAUCUCCCGGUUGCAGAAACUGUGCAAGACCAAGUAUCACUUGGAGCAACAAGUGGUUUUUUAGAUAGUCAUUCGCGUCCCUCCGGAUCUUCCCAGGCCGGAAAGAUCUCGUACGUUCGCCUCGGUUAAACGCGCCCGAUGCGCCGAUGUCGGCGUCGGAUGCGCGGAUGGUGUAUCGACGUCGAAGGGACGGUCACGCUACAUCGUGUGGAAACUUUUUAUUUCAUUAUACACCGCACUCGCGCGCGCACGUGCGUGCCUGCGUGCGUGCAUACAGAUGUAUACGGGUAUUAUACGUACCAUUUCGUCCGCCCCGGCUCGCCUCGGCUCGCUGACGCAAGUUCAUUAUGUGCCUUUCUCGAGGUUGUGCGA